AUGACCGGGACGCUAUGCACGAUCAUGAUGAAGGCGCAAACGGCGGCCAUUGUCCUCGUUGCAAUUGCCCCCGACGUGGCGGUGAAUCACGCACUUCAGUCGCAAGCACCAGCACCGACUACUUGCCGCGACCGAGGUACUCCCACUCUCUUGAAAUUGGAAGCUAAGCAGUGUCAAUCCGCAGGACAUGGUACCGACUCCUCGGUCUCCAGCACUGUGAUGUUGCGUCGUCACAUGCCGCCCCGAGUUCCACAGAGCGCCGCGACUGGCAAUCGAUGGAUGCGGGCCGCUUCCGCAUAUGAGGGUCAGCUUGAGGAGCAGCAGCCAGCUCGACAUCGCCCGCAUGGGGACAUGAGACCGGAUACAGCGAACGAUGAGGGUAAUGCCGACAAUCCGGGCUUUGCACCUACCAGAACACCGAUCCACCUCGUCCGCGACCUCGCCGAGCUCUCCCGUCCUCAACCCCGUGGCGAUACCUCUCGCGGCACCACCAUCGUGCCAGGAUGCCCCUCUUCCACCAAGCCGCGUCCGUGGGCGACCUGGCCCAACACCUCGCAUAUUGCGAAAUGCGAAUCCAGCCGAUUCACGGGACAGUCUGACCAUCUCAAUGCCCAGGACAACGAGGCGACGCUGGCCGCUAAUCAGAGGACUCUGGACCACCUGAUCAGGGCCAUCGACUUUCUUGAGGCCAAGCUUCGAACGGGGACCAACAUGCUGCAAGAGACGGAGUGGCGCCUGGCCGGCUGCGACGUGCAAGUCGCCAUUUUUCAAGCCGGCCUUCAGAGAAUGGGCCCCAGUCUUUCAAAGCCGGUUGAGUGGCUUGGAGAGCUCUUUCCGCAGUUGAGAGCGCUGUGGUACGGCACUCUCUAUUCCGUCUACCAGCUCAUUGAAACGCCACGGCUAUCAGAAGGGCAGCGCCCAUACCGGAGAGGGCAGGACCUAGACGCCUUCGCGCAGCUGCCGGAGCAGCUUCUGGCUGCGCGAACUCAAAGCUUGCGACUUGCCCGCUUGCACCGACAGGCCCUGAACCACUUCCGUCAAGCUUGGGAACAGGGACUGCAGGUGCGCGAGCAGCGCUUGAGGCUUCACUGCCUUCGCAAGGUCGUGAGGCUUGUGCUGCUGGGUGGAGGAACGCCCGACCUGAUCGCGAGGUUGUUGAACGGGCCGACAGGACAGUAA